AUGUUGCUUCCAAUUGCAUUCUCACUGUUGCUCUGUCCGAUCCGAUCCUAUGGUCAAGACAACCAGAAGGUCCUGGAACCGGUUGACUAUUCCCCCUUCGCCAGUGCUAGCGGGGAGAAUUGGUCAGUACGAGAGCAGGACGAUUCAGUAUGCAAGGCCGGAAGCCGUCACUUUGCUGGAAGUGUCAAUGUAACCGACGACAAGAGCCUGUUUUUCUGGUUCUUUGAGAGCCGCGAGGAUCCGAAUAAUCGGCCAGUCAUCAUCUGGUUGAACGGGGGCCCAGGAGCAAGCUCGCUGGUCGGUCUGUAUGGUGAAGUUGGGCCAUGCACGAUUGACAAGGACGGUACGCGCACCAACUACAACGCCGAUAGCUGGACAGAGCAUGCAAAUAUUCUUUUUAUUGAUCAACCAGCCGGUGUUGGAUUUUCCACCGUCUCCGACAAUACCAGCUACCCAUACAACCUCGAGUCUUCUGCUCCAGACUUUGUCGCUCUUUUGGAAACCUUUUACUCGGACAUUUUUCCUCAGUAUGCUAUCAACACUUUAUACAUUGCUGGAGAAUCAUUCGGUGGCCAAUAUGCUCCCCACUAUGCUGCAACCAUCCUGCGCAAACAAAAAGAAAACGCCGCCGGUGCCCUGCAAACCGUUAAACUGGGGGGGAUUAUGCUUGUCAACGCGUUGGUCGAUUCCACUUGGAUGUCUCUAGGCCACUAUGAUCUCUUCUGCACCGACACUCCACCUAAUCUCGUGCGAUUCAACGAGACAACUUGUCGCGCGAUGGCGGGUGCGGGUCCAGAGUGCCAAAGACGAGGGUCUCUUUGUACAAACACCCGCGAUCCUCACAUUUGCGAGUCGGCUGUGGAAUUCUGUAUGGAGAAUUUAGACACCUACUUUUACCAGGAAGUGGCAGCUCAUCGUCGCAGCCCUUAUGACUUGCGGCGCGAUUGUCCAGAGCCACCUCUUUGUGGAGUUGGUGGGAACAAAUUUGGAUCAACCAGCGACUUUCUCAACAGGGAGGAUGUUCAACGAAAAUUAGGAUUCAAGUCUCCGAUCGAGUACCAGACAAUUAAUUUUGAUCUGAAUGCGCAAUGGACUCUGGAUCCGCAAAUCUUUGUGCCGACAACAUCCCAUAUCACUUUCUUGCUGGAUGGUGGUGCUAAUUUCCCGGGGGAUGAGAUCAAUCCCGACGCGGUUGUGUCUGUUCUCGUGAUCAAUGGGGAAUACGAUGUUGGCUGUAAUCUACCGGGAACUCUACGCGAAUAUGACAAUCUACCUUGGCAUAGACAGGCGGCUUACCGAUCUGUGAAAGACCUGAAGCCUUGGUAUUGGGUUGAUGGCCAGGAAGGAAGCGUUGUGGGUGGACUUUGGAAGGGGACGCCACAACAUCAGAAGGGUCUUGAGUUUCUGUCAGUAAAGGAUGCAGGACACAUGUCACCUGCCGAUCAACGAGGUGCCGUCACUUCUAUUACUAAGAGUUGGGUCAAUGGUGUGCAGCUCUCAAUCAGCUUGUGA